UCUGUGCCCCCGGUCCUGGAGACAAUAUAAAACAGGUCAGAACCCUCUUGUUUGCCUGCUCAGUUCAUCCCAAGAGGCAGCUGCUCCAGGAACAGAGGCGCCAUGCAGCCCCGGGUCCUCCUUGUCGCUGCCGUCCUGGUUCUCCUGGCCUCUGCCCGAGCUCUGGAGGCGGAGGACCCCUCCCUACUGGGCCUUAUGCAGGGAUACGUGCAGCACGCCACCAAGACAGCCCAGGACACGCUGACCAGCGUGCAGGAGUCCCAGGUGGCCCAGCGGGCCAGGGACUGGAUGACCGAUGGCAUCAGUUCCCUGAAAGACUACUGGAGCACGUUUAAGGGCAAGUUCUCUGGGCUCUGGGAUUUAGCCUCUGAGGUCCAACCAACUCCAGCUUCUGAUGCCGUCUAAGACCUCGAUGCCCCAAGUCUUCCUGCCCGUCCUCCCUGCCAGCUCCUUGGGCUGCCCCGAAAAUCCCUUGAAAGUGACAGCAUUCUCACCUCCCACCCCACCCCAGACCUGGCCCACCCCCAAGCUUGUUGUCCUCCCAAUAAAGCUGGAUGAGAAGCUGCC